AUGGGAGACACCAAGCUCAACUGUGGACAGCAAGUCGCAAAAUGGUUUCUAGUUGCCGUGAAUGUCAUCUUUUUGCUCUUAGGUGUGGCUCUGUUCAUUCUCGGCAUGAUCGUGAGGUUUAAUCCCAACGCUAUCGUGGAUGGCUAUCUACAACCAUUAUUCGAACAGGCGAACACUAAUGCUAACCAGAACCAGUUCGGCAAUCAGGUCCAAGAUCAGUUCAAUAACCUGGACUUAUCCGCAAUUUUGAGUGGCAUCGGCAUUGCCGUAAUUGUCGUCGGGGUUAUAAUACUGGCCAUCGGCUUCCUGGGGUUGUUUGGUGCUUUGUGCAACAGCCGGUGCAUGCUGAUUGCCUAUGCUGUUGUUGUGAUCUUGCUCCUGCUUAUUCAGUUUUCACUCCUCAUAGUGUACUUUGCUCAGAAAGCUGCCAUCGACAAUGCAAUCAAGACAUUAUUACAAGACACGAUCAACACGAAAUACCGAGGAGAAAAUUCUGCAGAUGCUUAUUCUGCUGCUCUCAACUAUUUAUUCGCUGAGGGCGAUUGUUGUGGAGUUGACAGCUACACAGACAUGCACACAGCUACACAGUGGCAGCGCACAUAUGUUGUGCAAGGACAGACCUACAGACUGGAACAUCCGUUCACCUGCUGUAAAGAUAUUGGCAACUUUCCAAACUACCAAACACCAAGUGAUCCAACAUGCGCAGUAACACCCAAUAACGCCAAUUCGAACUUCCAAACGGGAUGUUUUCAAGUUAUUGACACUUACAUCAAAAACAACAUUUCUGCCGCCGUAAUAGUCGUUUUCGUCAUUUUCGGGAUCAUCCAGAUAGCUGCUGCUGUGUUCGCCAUAAUGCUCAUAGUUGCUAUCGGACGCAGUGAUUGGUAG